CAAAAUUUAAGCUCCCUUUCGAUGACGUAGUUGUCUCAAAAAAAUCUCACAGGAAAAAUACGGCGCGAAAUCUUUUCACCAUGCUUUACUUUUCCCAAAACCCAUAUGUUUUUUGUUUACAAAGGAAAGUGGGGGGACACGCAUUCACUAUGUACUGUAUUGCAUUUCUUGUAAAACCAUUUUAAUUCAUGUUUUUACUCAAUUCACUAAAAUCGAAUGCAAUACGCAGUUAGUGGACGGCCCUCGCACAACAAGUCUGGAUCACACCAGUUAUUUCAAUUUUUUUCAAUUUUUAAAACUAUUUUCUGAGACUUUGAAAUUGAAUUUUGAAAUUCUUUCUACCGCUAUUGUAGAUAAUUAGCUGCUUAAUAAGAUUCUUUUGAAAUUUUUCAAUUUCGAUUGGCCAAUUUUGCUGAGGUACAAAUUUAAUAUAACGUUUGGUCUUAUGCUUUUUACAUACUUUUUGUACCUCAGCUUUCAAAACCUACCGAAAUAUUGAAUUUCUUCUUCGAGUAUGACCACAACGGAAUUAUCUAAAAUAGCCGUAGAAAGAAUUCCAAAAUUCCUUCUGGUAGCUGAGAAAUAAUUGAAAAUGUAGGGUUAUAACGUCAUUGUUAUGACGUUGGUAGUGACGACACGAGUCUCACGUUAAGGGUCUGGUGACCUUAAAAAUUUAUUUUUACUUUAUUUUUGUCACUGGCACCGGUUUUCGACCUAAUCCACGUAAUAAAUUUGGAAAUAGAAGCCAGGAAGGAAAUAGGAAUGUUGAAAGUGCUCGAAAACGUUUAAAACCGAUAACGAGUUCACUAGACACAUGGUCAAGCACGAUUCGGAUGCCAAGGUCAAGUUGUGUGAGGUUUCCGGCUUAAUUUCCAAAAGUAGGCGCGCCUUAUCUUCCCACAUGUGGAAACUUCACAGAAACCGGAUGCGACCAACUGGGCCAAGUUGUGACACGUGUCACCGGGUGUUUUCCAGCCUUACCAGUUUACGGCGACAUAGCGACACGGUCCACAGCAGGUCGGCUCCCCCUCGUUUCCCAUGCACAUUUCCCGGCUGUAAGAAAACCUACAGCUACAAGUACGCUGUGGCGAAUCACGUGAAAACUGAACACGUCGAAAAUCCGGUCCGAUAUCCGUGCACACUUUGUGGGAAAGAAUUCAAAACGAAGUUUGAACUUGAGCAACACAUUCCCACGCACACGACCGAGAAGCCGUACAAUUGUGCCACCUGUGGGAGGAGUUUCGCACACAGGGGAAGCUUAACACGUCACGAGAAGACGCAUUUGGAAAAAUCUACCCGUGCCAGGUUAAAAUGUCACCUCUGUCCACAGACCUUUUUACGCCGGAAUAACCUAGAAUACCACAUCCGGGCUGCGCAUGAAAAUCGGAGGGAUCACCAGUGCGCAAUUUGUGACAAGAGAUUCUCCAAAUCGUCGAACUUGAAGAGGCACGUGGAGGAGAUACACAAGGCGGACAGGGAAAAGAUUCAUUCCUGCGACAAAUGCGAGUACAUGAGUCACUCGAAAUCCAAUUUGGCCAGUCACAAAGUCCGUCACAAUGCAGCGAGGCAUGGAUGUUACUUCUGUCAAAAGAAAUUCUUCAGUUUUCACGAAUUGGUCAGACAUUGUAGAGUUCAUACUUUAGAAUAGCUAAAAUACUUAUGUUGUAUGUGUAAUGGACAUGUCAAUAAUUUGCGAAUUUUCAUUAAAUUUGCGACAUUUGGCAAAAUUU